GACGACCGGCCACUCCACCAUGUCCUCAAAAUUGCAACCUGAUCGGCACCCUAGAGAUCCAUUAGCUGACCGUCGACUCAGCUGAUUCUCCCCACAGACGAGGUCGGAAGAAGAGACAUUGAACCCAUGGCCCUAACAAGCUGCGUGAUCUCUUGGCUCCGUACUGGAGAAGAUAUUCCUUCUUGGUUCAUGAAUUUCGACAUUGAAAGCCAGUGCUGGCUUACUUCUGGCAGAGAAGGUCACCGCACUGACCUGUCCGAAUUUGUCCGCGUGCAAUUUCAUUCACUUUGGAAUUCUCGAUCUCGUUGGCCGAUUUUUGUAUCUUGCUCGAUGGACGACCGCGGCUCAAAUGGUUUCUGGACUAGACACGACGUCAGAUCGCCGCGCAAAAAAAGAGCAAGUCUCACA